CUUGCACUCCACUCCAGGUGGUGGCAGUAAUGCACACACAUAGUAUUGUUUGUUGGUUGGCUAACCACGAAGAAUACUAUUCACGCUCAGAUCAGGAAAAGUUUCUGAAAAGAGUCCGCGGAAACCUUGGUGCUUCGGCGACGUUGUUUCGAGAAUGUUUAAUUCUGCGCCCAUAUUUCCUUGUUCGACAUCCUAUCGGACAAAACAUUGAAAACUAGCUGGUCACAGUGUACGGAGCAGCGAAACUUAGCCUUGCCUACUAUCCUUGUAUGCAGGAAUUUGCCGAAUGCAGUUUAUAACCUCUACCUCGAUUAGGCGAGUUGUUGAUAGCGAACUGCUCUUUUCUUUAAAAAGAAGAAAACAGACCUAGAAAACAAAUCAUUUUUUUAAAAAUAUAUAUUUGUGUUGGUCUGGCUAUAUAGGACACUUAAUGUGAUCGUCUUUGGUUCAUUGGAAACAUGGAUCUCGGACAGCCGUUGAGCUCUGGCUGUAACGUGAUUGAUCCACUCCGGGUUGAACUGGGACUGCUGGUGAAAGAAGAAGACAUGAAAGAGGAGGAAUAUGGUCAUAUGAUUGCAUGUCCAGAUGAAGAAGAAGAAAAGCCAUCUGUACAGCUUCACUAUAAAAUCGAAACAGAUGAAACACCGACAGUGGCGGAGAUUGAAGUGAAGAUUGAAGAAGAUGAUAAACAAUCGCACGAUAAUCUGCUGGGAAGGACGUGUGCAGAAUUGAAUGACAGCCAUAUGCAAGAGAAUGGCGACAUGUCGUUCUCCGCAUUGCAAGCUGCCUCCCUUGCUCUUGGGCGAAAGAGACGCCUAGACGUGUGGGUACAUUUUAAUUACGAUGCAGCUCAACGGAACACUACAUGCAAUGUAAUGAAAGAAGAUGGAGACAUGCCUUGUGGAUUUAAAUUAAGUGGAAAGAACACUACCAAUCUGAAGAGGCACCUGAAGGCACACCACCCUGAUCUUUUUGCUUCGAUCCCAGAAAAGACUCCUCAUAAAGAACAACCUAGUGGAAAACGGACACAGUCCCUUAUCACAGCGGCAUUCUCCUCGACAUCUAAACACAAACCAAGUUCGUCUGAACAAGAUGCCAAAGAAAAAGCGAUCGCUCGGUGGAUUGGACGCUGCGGCCUACCUGCCCGUCUAGUUGAGGACGAAGAUUUCGUCCAUAUGUUGGAGGCCCUGGAUAAGAAGAUUACCUUGCCCAAGAAAACAAGAAUUAACAACUUGAUCGAAAAGAUGUACAGUGAUGAAAAACAGAAACUUAAAGAACAGCUCGCCACAGUACGCAGAAUAACAAUUGGACUGGCUAUAUGGACCAAAAGAGGCCUUACGGCGUCAUUUCUUGCAAUUAGUGCGUGUUACUUUUGCACAGAGGAAAACAAAGCAAGGCACGUAUUGUUAAGACUUGACCGGAUCUCCCACCCACACACUGCAGAGUGUGUAAAGACUUGUGUUUACAAAUGCACGGAGGAUUGGGGAAUACCAAAACACAAGAUCUUAACAGUCAUAACUGAUAACGGAAUACCAAAACACAAGAUCUUAACUGUCAUAACUGAUAACGGAAGCAAUGUGGUUGUAGCAUUUCAAAAUGAACAAAGUGACUCCAACAGCUCUGACGAAUCAGAGGAGAGGGAUGAAGACUCUGGGAUUAUCGACGAACAAAGGUACGGAACCAUGGCGACGACUCCCUGCGUUGUACAUACUCUGCACCUUGUGGUAAACAUGAUACAUAAAGAAGCCAGUAUCAGACAACUCCUCGACAGGGCUCAUGUACAGGUCAGGCUCUUCCACAAGUCGUCUGUUGCAACCGAACACCUGCUUGAGCUGUGUGGACUCACUCUGAUCAAAGACUGCCCAACUAGAUGGUCUAGCACAUUCCUGACAAUAUCACGUUUGCUCCAAGUGAAAGACUCGCUUGUUCAGGUCGCUGACAGGCUGGGCUGGGACUGUCUACUACCUAGCGAGUGGGAGAGGCUGACGGCGCUCAGAAAUCUGCUCCUCCCCUUCGCUGAGCACACUCAGAUGCUUCAGAGCGACACAAUGUCUUUAUCCCUGGUGGUGCCCGCCCUCCUGGACCUGAACGCUCAUCUGUCUGAGUUUCCCCACACCGAGGCUUCUGGUUACAGGGACCUGGCUUCCUUGGCACAGAUGAUGAAGGCCGACAUGAAGCAGCGUUUCGGCUGCUUCCUUGAUCCCGGCGAUUCCAAAUUCUCACCCCUCGCUGCUGCUGCGUGCUUCCUAAACCCAUCAGUGUCACCUGAUGCACUCACGGAAAAUCAGGAGCUUCAGGAGCUUUCGAAAAGAGCUGAAGAUUAUAUCGCCCAAAUGGCGUCGCAACUCCAAGAGGAGCAAUGCGAUGACAACGAGCAGGGAGGAGACAGCAGCACCGAAGGAGAAGAGGCAACAGCCAAGCGACCUCGGUUCAGAUUUCUGUUAAAAACUAGAGCCAGGCCUUCUAGACGUAACCGAUCAAAGCUCUCUGUUAGGCAGGAAAUCUGGAAUUUUAAGGAGCAGCUGUCUGGCCCCAUCGAUGAAGACUCUGCCUUUGAGUUUUGGGCUGCACAGGGUUCUGCCUACCAGAUUCUAAAACCUUUAGCCUUAGAUCUCCUGGCAAUGCCAGCUUCGCAAGCGUUUUCUGAGCGAGUUUUUAGCAUCACUGGUGACCUCAGUCAUGGAUGUGGUCGACGCAAUAGAGCCAGGCUCAUUUUAGAGAGGGCCGCUUUUUUGAAACUGAAUGGACAAGCAUAGCCUAAUUCUCCUGAUAUGCUAAUGAUCCGUAUUCCGUGCCUGUAACUUCCUUGGAGACCUCACUGUACUGCAUAGUCCCAUUGUUUAUCAGGCCAAGUUUUUUCAAACUAUGUCUUAUUAAUAUUGUUAUUAUUAUUAUUAUUAUUAUUAUUAUUAUUAUUAUUGGCAUUAUUGUUUUAUUUGUAGUGGAAAAAAAUUAAGGUAAGGGAUAUUUAAAAUCCCAAGUCUCAGGUCCAUAAUUCUCUGUUCCAAGAUUUUAAGAGCCAUUUUUUUUUCAUACCAAUGUGUCAAUGCAUUGCUAUAUGACAUUUUAAAAAAAUAAAUCGAACCACAAUAGCCUAACAAAGUUUUUUGACUUGGGAUUUAAGAACGCUCCACCAUGUCAACAGUUUCCCUGACACCACCUAUCUCUAUGUUAUUCACUAUCCAUCCCCCGCCCUUAUAAAUAUUCAAAAACUGUGUCUUUGUGUCCACUGUUACAAAGUAAUGGCCAAGUUGAGUGUAGAGGCUGUAAUCUAUCUACUCAAGUGUCCUCCUUACAUUCAACCUACUCCAUUCAUUCACUUUUCUAACUCCGUAACUGUCAAAUGUGUCAUUAUGAAAUCUCUGUCCUAUCUCUUCGAACGUUUGUGUCGAUGCAAAAUGAGUGACCACUAACUUUAAGGCGACAAAGUGGAAUUCCUCUCGUCCAAUCAGAAAUUACUUAAUAGUUCAACCGGACCUAACUGUUGUAUCAUGAAACAUCAGAUUCAUUGUUGUGUUGUUGUUUUUCAUUGUGGUAUCGAGAAUUGCGGUAUGUAGAAUUGUGGAAUUUAAUUGAUAUUUGUAUCGACUACUACAUUUCUGGUAUCACAACGUUGCUAAGAUUGGAGCUUAGAGCAGAGUGUGAUACAGACACUGGUGUUGACGCUACAGCGUCCCACCAUAAAUUCAUCUUUAGAGGGUGAAGCUCUUUUGCUGCGGAGGACAUCUACUGAGAAAAAAAUCUGUUCACUGACCCUCUCUGUUGUGUAAAAUCUAUUUGAAUUUAAAUAUUUCAAGUCAAGUCAAAAUGUAUUAUCCCACAGGGGGAAAUUAAGUUGCAGCUAGGUAUCAAGACACACAACCAACGACACAACACACAAGAUAAUAAAUGAUGACAGUAUUUCAA